UCGUUGUUUCCGCAAGAUAACGAUCGUCUCUACCGAUGCUUACUUCUGCUUCAAAACUAUGAGGGUAUCCCGGAUCAUCUGCGCGGCAGUAUUGACACUCUCUGUCAGCGCUGCACCAAAGGGCGACCUACCAAGGCAUACUACCGGAACGCUCAAUUCACCAAGAGACGCUGCUUUAAUUGA